CAUUCUUCAAACCAACUCUUGCAACAAUACUUCUUUCCUACUUAUCACUGCAAACCAACCACUUCAACCAACUCCUCUCUCUCUCUCUCUCUCUCUCUCUCUCUCUCUCUCAAUGCCACCACCCGGAGAGGCCAUGGCAACCUCUUUCCCUCGAACCAAGCCGCCAAGACUCUCCACCGACGGCCUCCAACGGACGAUAUCCGACAUCUCCUACGAGCUGAGUAAAGAAGCGAUGGACAUAAAACUAAAUUCGACCCUCCCGGCGAUAUCCGAAGUCGAAGACGCGAAAUGCGAGUGUUGCGGGAUGAUAGAGGAGUGCACGCCGGAGUACAUAGACAGGGUGAGGGACAAGUUUUUCGGCAAGUGGGUAUGCGGGUUGUGCGCCGAAGCCGUUGAGGAAGAGGUGGAAAAGAAUGGAGGGAAGAGAGAGGAAGCCCUGGGCACUCACAUGAGCGCCUGUGUCAGGUUCAACAAGCUUGGCAGGGCUUAUCCUGUCCUGUGCCAGGCCGAGGCAAUGAGAGAGAUUUUGAAGAAGAGCAAUAGUGUUAGAGCCAAGUCCAUUAGUCCUAGAGAUAACAAAGGUGGGAUGAAGAAAAGUGGGAUUGCUAGGAGUUCUAGUUGCAUUCCGGCCAUCACUAGGGACAUGAAUGACUUCAGACUUUGAGUUUUUGAUGAGUGGGGUAACCCUUGCUGAUGAGUUGUGUUUUUGUUUUUUUUUUUUUGUUAUUAUUCAGGUGUCCGGAUCGACUUACAUGCGUAUCGACUAAUUCGGAUCUUGAGUUGGUCAAAAAGACUUUUCCAUGUAAUCUGCGGCCUGAUUAUUAACAUAUUUAUAGCCGUGUAAUCAAACUUGUCAAUAAAUCAAAAAUCGGGUGGGGAAUUUAUCUUUGACAA